UCGUCCGUAUCUGAACUGCUUUUAUUAUCAAUUGCGAAAUCAUAAUAAGAGUAAAUAAUAAAUAAGAGAUCAUCAUAAUAGGAAGAAGUCAGAACACCUUGGGUUUGUUUUUUUUCCCACUCUUAAAUAAAAAGGCAGAUUUCCCGAUGAUCACUGAAAUUAUAACGACAGCGAUUGAUCGGAGGGCUUGCAAAGGAAAAGAAAAAAAAAAUCAUCAUCAUUGGUCCUAAAAACGCAACCGUUCCCCUUUGCUCACUUGGCACAAUAGAAAUUGACUGUCUCUCAAAGAGCCAUGCGCCUAGUGCUAUUUAUAGCCAGGGGCUGUGUUGGAAGAUACCAUUAAGCUUCUCCCGGGCAGACAGACAGGGGGGUGGUUGGAUGGGAGGAGGGGGUUUAGCUAGAGUAGAGGCAAAAGCAAUCCCCCACCCCCAGCCUCCCUUCCCCGCACACACACACAUCCACACACUCACACCCCACCCCCUAGUCUGGCUGGGAAUUUGAACCGAUCCAGCCUGUUUAAACGGAAAGGACACAGAUCUUCAAUGUAAAAAAAAAAUCAGAUCAGACCCAGAGAGAGAGAGAGACGGAGAGGGAGGAGUGUGUGUGUGUGUGAGUGUGUGUGUGUGUGUGUGAAAGAGGGAGAGGGAGCGAGAGAGCGAGAGAGAGAGAGAGGGAGAGAGAGGGAGAGAGGGAGGGAGAGAGAAAAGAAGAGGGGGAAAAAAAGGAAAGAAGAUUUUCUCUAUGUAUAUAAAGAUGGCCACGUUAGCAAACGGACAACCAGACAAUACCAGCCUGAGUAGCAAUCACAGCAACCCCAGCACCAACGGGCAUAUGAACGGAUUAAACCAUAGUCCCGGAAACCCAUCCACCAUCCCAAUGAAGGACCACGAUGCCAUUAAGCUCUUUAUUGGGCAGAUCCCCCGUAACCUGGACGAGAAAGACCUCAAACCGCUCUUCGAGGAGUUCGGGAAGAUCUAUGAACUGACGGUACUGAAGGACAGGUUCACUGGCAUGCACAAAGGCUGUGCCUUCCUAACAUACUGCGAAAGGGAGUCUGCUCUAAAGGCCCAGAGUGCACUGCAUGAACAGAAGACACUGCCAGGGAUGAACAGACCGAUCCAGGUGAAGCCAGCGGACAGCGAAAGCCGAGGAGAAGACAGAAAACUCUUUGUGGGCAUGCUCAACAAGCAGCAGUCAGAAGAUGAUGUGCGCAGGCUAUUCGAGGCAUUUGGCAACAUUGAGGAGUGCACAAUCCUUCGGGGACCCGAUGGCAACAGCAAAGGGUGUGCAUUUGUGAAAUACUCUUCACAUGCGGAGGCCCAAGCAGCCAUCAAUGCCUUGCAUGGCAGCCAGACAAUGCCGGGAGCUUCUUCAAGCCUGGUGGUGAAGUUUGCAGAUACGGACAAGGAGCGUACAAUGAGGCGCAUGCAGCAAAUGGCAGGACAAAUGGGCAUGUUCAACCCCAUGGCCAUCCAGUUUGGAGCAUAUGGCGCCUACGCACAGGCACUGAUGCAGCAGCAAGCCGCGAUCAUGGCGUCGGUGGCGCAGGGUGGCUACCUGAACCCCAUGGCAGCCUUUGCCGCAGCCCAGAUGCAGCAGAUGGCGGCUCUAAACAUGAACGGCUUGGCGGCCGCCCCCAUGACUCCAACCUCAGGUGGAAGCACGCCUCCUGGCAUAACUGCACCAGCUGUGCCUAGCAUCCCAUCUCCAAUUGGGGUGAAUGGUUUCACUGGCCUCCCGCCCCAGGCUAAUGGGCAGCCCGCCGCAGAAGCCGUGUUUGCUAAUGGCAUCCACCCUUACCCAGCACAGAGCCCCACUGCAGCAGAUCCCUUGCAGCAAGCCUACGCUGGAGUGCAGCAGUAUGCAGGUCCUGCUUAUCCUGCUGCUUAUGGCCAGAUUAGCCAAGCGUUCCCACAGCCACCUCCUAUGAUCCCACAGCAACAGAGAGAAGGACCAGAGGGCUGUAACCUGUUUAUCUACCAUCUGCCCCAGGAGUUUGGGGAUGCUGAGCUGAUGCAGAUGUUCCUGCCUUUCGGUAAUGUCAUCUCCUCGAAAGUGUUUGUGGAUCGGGCGACAAACCAAAGUAAAUGCUUUGGUUUUGUGAGUUUUGACAAUCCUGCCAGUGCCCAAGCUGCUAUCCAGGCUAUGAAUGGCUUCCAGAUUGGCAUGAAGAGGCUGAAGGUGCAGCUGAAGAGGCCAAAGGAUGCUAAUCGUCCCUACUGAAGAGUUAUGGGAAACACUGGAUACAAAGCACUAGCACAGGGCAGCAGCUGAAUGGGCCACAUUUAGAAAAAAAAAAAAAAAGUAUAUAUAUAUUAAAAAAAAACGGGAACUGUUGGAUUACACCUUUGACAUAUCAGCAAAUAUCAAUCAAGCUGAAGACUUCAGACUUAUUCUCUCUUUGAUUGUUUAGACUGUAACAUUUCUUCAAGAAAAGUAUCACAUCUGCUGACUUCGAAGGACAUGCGCUUGAAAACAAACAAACAAACACAUAAGUAAAAUCAGAACAGGAACAAGAUCAACCAGGAUUUCUGAAGAGACACUGAUAUCACCACAGCGGCUUUUCUUCAAACAGGAGAUGCAAACCUGGAUACUGACAAAGGAGUGCCUGUUUGUCACCAAGGAUGCGGUUACCAUGUGUGACCCAUGGUAACAGUCACUGAGCAUCUUUAUCUGUCAUUCCUUAGCUAUAUAGGGACCAAAGGACAAAACUUUUUACCGCAGACUUGUAGCUGUAUGUAAAAUAUGGAAGUUCUUUCCUUUUCUCUGAGCUGUUCCUAAAACAGUUUUUGAGAGCGAUUAUAAGAAAUAUAUAAAAACUAAAAAAAAAAUGCUUAAAUGCUUUUAAAAUGGCAAGAUAAUAGUUCUUUGAUACUUUGGGAGGUUCUUUGGUUAUACAUUAAUUAGAGUCUAUGAAGCUUUCAUAUGGUUUUCUGUAUAAUACGUAAGGAUUGUGCUGUUAAAGGCAGGUAAGAUGGAUAUCUAUGAAAAGCAAAAAAGUAAAUAAAUAAAUACAUAAAUAAUUACAUUAAAAGGCAUAGAGAAAAGAAAGGAAAGAUGGUUGAUAUUAAAUGGAAAACAGAAAAGGUUUGUAAAUGCUUCUAACUCUCCCCAUUUAAAAUCCUAAUAGUUGUACAGAAUUUAAAAAAAGAAAGUUUAAAAUACCUAUAUAAUAGAAAAAAAUUAGACAACAUAAAAAAAACAAAAAAGAAAAAAAAAAAAACAAAAAAACACAAAAAGGCAAAAAAAAAUACUACAUAGAAGUUAGCGUUAAUGCUAAAAACAAAGAUGUUGUAGAACUGUAAUUUUUGUAGAGUUUAGAUUGAGCAUAAAUUCCUACUCUUUGCCAAUUGCUGUUGAAUGCUGUUAUUUAUCAAGGAGAAAAAGGAGAUAAAUGGACAUGUUGGCAGCUUUUUAAACUGCAAACAUUCCAGCUAUUAAAAAAAUAAACAAAACAAAACUCGAUUCUGUAGACAAUGCAAAUGGGAAACAAAACAGCUGUCUUUUUAUCAGACGUUAGUUCUAACUUGAACAACAAAACACAGCUAAACGCUUCAUGUCUUCAUGAUCUGCUGUCCGCAAGAUUCCCAUCAUCCUAUGCUUCAGUAGCUUCCAUAUUUGCUCUAGAAACCUUCAGGGCAAGGAAUUAGCCUAGAACCUUAAUCUUAAAAAAGAAAAAAAAAAAAAAAAGAAAAAAAAAAGAAAAAACCAUAAAAUAAUAAAAAAAAAAACACAACCAAACAAUAAAAUAAGAAACAAUCUCUUGAAGAACUUCUGAAACUGUUUACAAGGAAUUUUGAAAAACAGGGGGAUGUUUAAAAAAAUAAAAGAUGCUGGCUCUGAUUUUCUGUAAAUAAAUUUGCAUAUUUUGUAGGACUUUUAAUUGUAAUGAUAGAGAAAAACAAGGAAAACUAUUUAAUGAAAGCACGAUAUUUAUCUUUGGUAAAUGACUUUAGAGCAGUUAAAAAAUAAGACAUUGCUUUAAAAAUCUGACUCAGAAAAAACAAUUAAUUAUUUAAGAACACAUAUAUUUUAAAGUAUAUCAUAUUUAUUAUAAUUUAUUUUCACAGUCUUAAAACUUGAUUUACAUCAUUCACACUUGUUUGCAUCAAUUGACCAGUGUGAUAAUUGUUUCUGAUUCUUUAUUUGGUUUUACUCUGUUUUAAUAUUCUUGCUUGUUUUUCUUAGUAUUUUUUAUCUUGAUCUCAGACUUUCUUCCUUUCUCUUUCUUUUUCUUUUUAUUUUAUAAUUUUAUUUUAAUUUUAAUUCCCUAUUGGGCUUGAUCUUACAGUCCUUACUCUGUCAGAACUCCCACUGGGACGUAGCGGGUAUUUUGCCCAAGUAAGGACAGCCAGACUGAGCCCACGGCUAGGAAGUACAGAUGUGUAACGCAGCUGCAGUUCCAUACAACUGCUCUUUCACUCUCAAUUCCCUAAAACUCCUUGUAAUCUUCUGUAAUUAUUGAAUGACGCUUUCCAGCUUAGCCCUAAAUAAA